AUGUCAUCCACAGCAUCAGAUGAAAUAAAAAAGACAACAAAUAUGGAAUUGACGCAAGAAAAGAACCCAAUUAUAUUCAGCGUACAUUCAUUAGAAGGCGAAAUCAUCGAGAUUGACGAGAAAAAUGCAGAUCAAGCACUCGAUUAUGCUUUGGGCAUGGAAAGGGUUGAGAUAGAUCCUGCAUAUGAGCGCCGCUUAGUCACUAAAAUUGACUGGUUUAUAUUACCAAUUGUGGUGGCCUUAAUGUCAGUUUCCUUGAUGGAUAAGACAACAAAUAGCUAUGCGUCAAUUAUGGGUAUGACAGCCGAUUUGAGAUUGACUGGAGAAGAAUACUCGUGGGUUGGUAGUUCAUUUUACUUUGGCUAUCUUAUUUUUGCAUUUCCUGCAAAUCUUAUGCUUCAGAGAUUUCCGCUUUCAAAAACUCUCGGAAUAGCUGUUAUUUUGUGGGGGGUUGUCUUGAUGUGUCACGGUGCUUGUAAAUCUGCUGCACCAUUACUGGCAUGCCGUGUACUACUGGGUAUUCUUGAGGCCUUUAUGAAUCCAGCAUACGUUUUGCUUACCUCACAGUGGUAUAAAAAGAGCGAACAAUUUAUGAGGUCGUGUGUCUGGGUUGGCUUUCAAGGGUUUGGCACCAUACUCGGUACCAGUAUUGCCUACGGUCUUGCCACUAAUGGCCACUAUGCUUUACCUUCCUGGAGACUGCUUUACAUUAUCACCGGCGUUAUAACAAUCUUUUUAGGAAUUGUGUCAGUGCUGCACGUUCCUGACAUACCAGUUAAGGCUUGGUUCUUAAAUGACACGGAAAAGCAAUACUGUGUUGAAAGAAUCAAAGAAAAUCAACAAGGGUUUGGAACUCGUGUUUUCAAAAAGCAUCAGCUCAUUGAAGCAUUCAGAGAUUACAGAACAUUGAUUUUCUUUGUAUAUGGCAUGGUCUACGCUAUUCCAAAUGGUGGCUUCACGAAUUUUGGUUCCAUUUUACUAAGGGGAGACUUUGGAUUCUCAACCACUACUGCUCUUUUGAUGAAUAUGCCUGGUGGUGGUAUUGAUAUUGUGAUCCCAUUUAUCGUUGCUUACCUUUCAAAAUGGUUUUUCAAGGGGGAACGUCUGAUCAUCUCUUUUCUUGUGAAUUCGCUUGUUGUUGUUGGAAUGUGUCUACUGAAUUUCACUGCUCACAAAGGAUCAAGACUGGUCGGAUAUCUUUCCUUCUACUGCGCGACCGCUGUCUUAUCUUGUAUGUUUUCGUGUAUAUCUUCCAACACUGCUGGUUAUACUAAGAAGAUUACAGUGAAUACAGUAUUUCUAGUCGGAUAUGCAACAGGGAAUAUCAUUGGUCCGCAAACAUUCCGUAGCACUCAAGCGCCAGGAUACGUUGGUGCUAAAAUCGCAAUGCUGAUUUCUUUCUGUGUUGCUGACCUGUGCAUAGCUGGAAUGUAUUUUUUGAACAAAUGGGACAACAGACAGAAAGAAAAGAAAAGAGAAGCUCUUGGAGAUAGCUAUGUUGUUCCCGACGGUCUUGCUUUCACAGACUUGACUGACAAAGAGAAUCCUGAAUUUCGUUACUCUCUAUAA